AUGAAGAAAGAGAACUGGACCUGUUUGACUGAAAUUGUCCUACUAGGCUUCUCAGAUUUUCAGUCCAUGCGAGAUCUUCUCUUUUGCCUGGUUCUAAUAUUCUACCUCAUGGCUUUGAUGGGCAACAGCAUGAUUUUGAUCCUCACCAUUUUCAAUCGUUCCCUUCACACCCCAAUGUACUUCUUCCUCUGGAACUUGUCCUUUGUGGAAAUUGGCUACACCUCCUCCAUCAGCCCAAAGACGCUAGUGGACUUAUUAUCAGAGAACCAGAAUAUAUCCUUUUGGAGCUGUGGCUGUCAAAUGUGUUUUUCCCUUCUCUUUGGUGUCACUGAGUGUUGUCUUCUUUGUGUUAUGGCAUAUGACCGCUACAUUGCCAUUUGCAAACCCUUGCAAUACCCAUAUAUCAUGAACCUCAGGGAAUGCGCUAAUCUUGCUGCUGUAUCAUGGGCCAUUGGAGUUUCUGUGGGUCUGGGGCAAUCUAUUUCAAUCUUCACCCUUCCCUUCUGUGGGUCAAAUAGAAUCCGCCAUUUCUUUUGUGAUAUUAUGCCUGUUCUGAGACUGGCUUCCUCCAAUACUUACAAAAAUCAAGUGGCCAUUGUCACACUAACAGUUCUAUUUGUUCUGGUACCUCUUUUGCUCAUCCUUUUUUCCUACAUCCUCAUCAUUUCCACUAUUCUCACAAUGCCACUGGCCAAAACCAGACGCAAAGCAUUUUCCACCUGUUCCUCGCAUCUCACUGUGGUCUGCAUUUUCUACGGAACCUGCAUUGUUACCUACAUGCGUCCCAACUCAGAAUAUUCCAUGGAUAGUAGCAGAUUCCUUGCCCUGCUCUACACAGUGGUGACCCCAAGUUUAAAUCCCAUCAUUUACAGCUUGAGGAAUAAAGAAAUAAAAGCUGCUUUCAUGAAAUCUGUAGCAAGGAAACAGAUGUUCUUUAUAGGAUCAUACUAG